GCAUUACAUGAGGUGCCAGGGCAACCUGCGGGCAAGGACAUCGUACUUCUGGCUCUGUAUCGGGAGAUAACCUUAACGCAAAGAGCGUCGGGUGAAGACCAGCAUUUUCACCAAGAAGUAAGAAAUAACCUUGAUUGUUAUUCAGCAAGUAUGAAAAGCACCAUAUAAAAUAGAAGAAUUAGUUUUUCAAUAUAAUUUAAAAAAACGUGUGUCCUUGAAGUUUAUUUACCGCAUACGUUGUUUACGACAAUUAUUUUCAUUUCCAUCAGAAAUGUGUUACUGUGUUAAGAGACGUCCUUCUGAGUAGGUGCAGCGUGAUAUCCCCGAAUGUAAGUUGACCUAUGGAUCAUGUUCUGAUGGGCUGAUUAAGACAUAUCACGUAGUUUUGAAACUAUUUUGGGCGGUAUUCAUAGGAUUGUAUUCGGUUUAAGGCUUGACAUUACCGGCUUGACAGUGCCGGCAGAGCACUUCACGACAAUCACAACAACAAAUUGAAGUUAGCCUUAGUCUCCGAUAAACAUACCUUUGUUCGAAGGAGUCUAGGUAAACAUCCUUUGUGGAAUAAAUAUAUCCAAGGGCCUAGAACAUUCCAGACCAGCCUCUAACCUCUCCUGCUAUAUUUUCUAGAUAACCUUUAAUGUAAUAAUGAACGAAGUUGUACUGUUCGUGAUGUUCACGACACUUUGGUUCCACAUAAAUGAUUUCCCACUAAUUCUGAAACAUUCACCAUGUUAAACGUGUAGGCGCAAUGUUUGGUCAGGAAUCUCUUGAGGAAUUCUCAGCAGAACUUGGAGUUCCCAUUCCUUGCUGACCAAGAGACUCAGAGCGAGACAGAAAAGGCUCUACCCGAAAUCCUGUUGCACCUGACCAUCGUGUUUCGGUGCAUUGGUUUUGAUGAGUUGCUGAACCCUUUAAGGGAGAUUGUUCUUGCUCCGAGUGAAAUGAUCGUAAGUUGAAAGUCUUCCUUCAUCUAUCGUACGAACCCAAACGUCAAUUCUUUGUGUUCCAAACAAAAAACAAACAACAAAAAACUUGGAAAGGAGAUAAUAGAGUUUUCCCAAUGCCGAAGCUGUGCUACAGCUGGACAGAUUUUUCUCGCCUUUCACUCUGCAGAAUUCUUUCCUCCCGACAAUGCCAGAAGACAGUUUUGAAGAAACUCGAUCGGCCAUGACAGAGCAGAAUGGUCAGUGGUAUGGUAAGUAUCGUACUCCAUACUUAGGCGGUUAUUCAGUCGCCAUAAAGCCGAGUUCUAGAGAGUAGGCAGGUGAUGCGGAAUUAUUUUGGUAUUCAUGUUGGUAAAAUAAUGUGUCCUAAAUUUACAUGAUAGUCAUCUAUCAGAUAGGAUUUUUACUCCCAGUCUACCAGUGUGAAUAUGAAUGCCCCCACUGUCAAUCUACUUGUUUACUUUCGGUCAUUUUUAUCGCUCUGUAGCUAAUUAAUAUUUUUGCAGAUAUUGGUAGACGCUCUCUGACGCGAGACUUUGUUAAGAAGUUUCUCUUUUUCUUUUAGAAUGUCCAAAGCGUCAUCGAUACUUUGUUGGUGAUGUAAAUAUUGUUAUGUACUAAUUCAUUGACUGAACAACCGACCAACCUGAUUGAUUGAUUAAGUCAUUUAUUAACUAAUAGAUUCAUAGUUGACCCAAAUGAUUGAGUGAUCGAUUGAUUGAUGAUUGGUCGAAAGAUUGAUUGAAAGAUUGACCGAUUGUAUUGGUUGACUUAUCUUAUAAAACGGCGUUACUAAAAUAACCUGGCCCCGGCUGUUCGAAGGUCGGAUAUUACCAUCCCUGGAUAAAUCUCUAUCCGGUGGAUAACGCUAAACGUUUUGCUAUCACUUAUCCGCUGGAUAGCGAUUCAUCCGUUGGAUAGUGUUAUCAGCCCUGGCGUAUUGUUUACGAGUAAUUUCGGCAUUAUAAUCGCAUAGUUAUCUCUUCAUAGUGUGGCAGACCAUACCAGCAGUGCGAUUGCCCUUACUGUGACUCGUCCGUUCCGAUUGGAGGCCUAAAACACCGUUUGGUUUCUAACAACAGGCUGGCACGCCGGUAUCUGAUAACUUGCAUUGUUAAUAUUUACGCACAAUUACUAAACGCUACCUAACCCAGGGUAAUUAAGUAUUCUUAACUGAGCUGAUAACGUAAAUUGGCUACCGUUAUGAGUUUUGAAGCUUACAUUUCGAGCGUUAGCCCUUCAUUAGCUGCUUAUCCUACACAGCGAACUUACACGGUAUUUACAUAAUUACUUCUAUGUGCUUUUUGAAUGUUCCUGUUAGGGUUACGUUGAUUUAUAAGCAUGUAUAAAAUUGUAUAUAUCAGCUACAAAUAUUUUUUUCGCAUUAGAUUAUUUAUGGAGACUGCUACACGGUGGCGAGAAGAUAUGAAUUUUAUGUUAGAUCGCAGCGAACGAACGUGACAUUAUUUGUGCCAUGAGAACAUAAAAUUCAUAUCUUUGAGCCAACUUGUAAUUUUUUUUAAUCAUAACCAUUACAAUUUCCUAAAAUGUGAUUGGUGCAUCAGCUGCUCUAUAUUUCACUAAUCACUCUGUACAGUUGUAAUCGGACAGUGUAAUCAGACAGUUGGCUGUAAUCGGACACCUGAAAUCGGACGGUUGGCUGUAAUCGGACACCUGUAAUCGGACAGUUGAAGCAGCCAAUCAUACUAAGUCCGCUCAGCCAAAUCCACCAAUCACAGAAUUGAUCACAAUAACCAUAGCAACAACCACUUACCCUGCAAAGAAAACUGGGAAAUUUCCAAAUUUUUUUGCUUUAGACAUUUUUCCUAGUUGAGAUGUUUUUCCUAAAUGUUUUUUUUUUUUCGGAAAUUGUAAUGGUUAUAAUUAAUUGGUAUCAGGACAAUCAUACUCGAUUUUGUUAAUAACUUGUAUGAUUACAGACUGAAUUGGAUUCCACUCGGUCCCAUCACCAUUAUUAAUUACAUGGACAAAAGAUAAACAUAGCAGAACGUGAACAACUGGUUUAAUACAAAUACUGGGUAUAAAUAGAAACAAAAUACCCGGCGGCCAAAUUAAAGAAAGGUUUACAGUUAGGCCAAAAUACAUGUGAACUGUUUUAAUAAGCUUAAUGAAAAUUCGAUUACUGACUCUAACUUGAAGCAUAAGAUACUUUUAUUUUCAGCCUCACUACGAACCCACGAAGGCAAUUCAGCACGAACAGAGCAAAAUUUCACCUUUGUCUCGUCGCAACUUUAGAAAAAUUCCUUGAAAAUAUUAAGAUCACACGGCUGUUUCUUGAUGGUGUUGUCGUUCUUUUGUUGUUCGGAAAAUGCAGUUACAUCUUCUUCACUUACCACAACAAAUCUUGCGGCCAUUCAAUAUUUAAAACGACCAACAAACCAAGUUCAUUCAGCAAAGUUUGAAAAAGCGAAAAUUGUGACGUCGUUGCUCAAUAUCGCCACUCGUGUUACAUACGAAAAUACGCCACUCGGUUCCUAAUGAAGAUGUCGUAUUGAUUGUGCCAGCGUUUUAUAGUUCUCGGUAAAAUGCUCGCGUCCAUAUUAUAUAUCAAGUUAUUCACCUUACUCUGUCGGAAUAAAAUGAAACACUUUUUACGUAAUUUUUUAAUUAUGCAAGAGGAAAAUUGAUAGCAACUGGUUAAAAGCAAACUGGAUAAAGCUCACUUCGGUAUGUAAUACUGAAGUAAUAUACUAAAUCUUCGUGGUAUGUUAGUCACGAAAAAUUUUCCAGAAAUCUAGGUCAAAUUAGAAAUGGGAAUCUUGUCGAGGGAAGAGAAGCACAUAGAAUAAAGUUCAAAUUCAACUCGAUUCGAAAACGGGUAAAGAAUUCUACACAGGAGAGACUGUCACUGAAGAGUAACUCAACAGUUGUAUGAUACCUUGCAUUUUUAGGGAAGACCGAUCUAACAAAGGUCACAUCUUGGGAACCCCUAAACGUAUCGUAGGUCCUGAAAGAGAUCUGUCUCCUACUAUUGUGAGCCUCUUGAGGUUUAUUCUCCAUUCAGCGAUGUUGUCCGCAGCCCAAGAACAACCUGAGGUAGACAUCAGAAUAGCAAUCUAUUUCCCUCGUCAAAGGUUAUUUCAUUUAUUAACAAUUAAUAUAGUGCGGCGUUAAAUAUCUCGUGCUAGCCAAGGAAAACAAGAAACUUUAGAACAUAACAUGUACGACAUGUCGCACUUAAUUGAAGACGCAAUCUGUUCUCAUUAGUUCUGCUUCUUUCCUAUAAGUCAUCAAUAGGCAAAUAGAAUUCACCUCAAGAAAUUAACCACGUCAGUUCUAUCAUAAUCCCUAACACUCUUCAGAAGACAACGGAUCCAUUUUCUAUCGUCAGGAGCUGGCCAUGGAGCUUUCAUCGAUGGAAGAUUCAGCAGUUUACAGACAAUAUAUUUUUGCAGAGACUGAUUCGGACUUGACGAGUCAUUGUUUCCAGUGUAGCUUUAAUGAAAACGUUCUAUUACCAGUCAAAAUUCACAUACAGUUGAUCUACUCUUAAUCCAAGGUUGUUAGUCAGCUAAUAAAGGAGUUAGAUGUUCAACCACGGAAUGUUGGGGAUUUCCUCUGGGCACAUCUCGUCAAUGAUGUGGGAAAUAUAUCGGCCAGCCUGGAAAGAAGCGUAGAUGAAGUGGUACUGAUGAUUCAUAGCGUGUUAGCUGGGAUUGUGUAUCGUGCAACAGAUAGUAAGUUACAUUCUUUCAAGUCAAAUAGAGCAAGUUACCCAUGUGGUAGCCAUGUCCAAAAGGAAUCUUAUUUUAGCCCUAAAGCACUUCAGGGCAAAAUGUAUUCAGACAAGCGGUCUUGUGGGUUAAAAAACACUUGUUUAUCACAAACAGCGUCCAUAUUUUGUAGACAGCUUAGUCACGAGAGAAACCUGUUACUUUAAGUUGUAUACUUCUAUAUCUACGUUUAAUUAGGAACAGAUGGUAUUGCAAAGUGGUUGACUAAAGCGGAACGGAGAGAAUGGGAAAAUCACUUUUCUACCGUGUUUUUGAGACCUGUUUGC